CUAUUUUCAUUUUUCUAGUUUGAAUUGGGAUCCUGAGAGUUCACACAUAUCAAUUAUUAUUUUGAUAAAUGUCAUGAUGUGUCAAUUUGUUUAUGUUUUAAUCUAGAAUGCGAUAGUAUACAUGUACAUAGUGUGUAUAAUCAUAAAUCAAACAAUUGAUAAGACGAUAUUUGUUCUCGCGUAUUUAAUACGAUUAUCUCUUUAACCAACAGGCAUUUGAAGGUAGCUGUGUCAAACGACAGGUAUCGAUAAUCGUCCAAAAAUGUCAUCUCCUGCCAAUGGAACACUUAAUGGCAAUGUUGAUGUAGAAAAAAGAGAUCCAUCGGAAACAAAACCCGUUAUUCCACAGUCUUUUAUAAAGAAAAUUGUCCGUCGCCUCUAUGGAAUGGAAGUCCUAGAUUUUACAGAAUUGAACAGUUACGAUGACAGGAAUUAUCAUAUACAUGUAGACACAGACAUAAAUAAUACAUAUAUUGAAGCUAUAAACCCAUCAGGCUAUGUACUAAAAGUAGUAAACUCUGGUGAUUCCAAAGACCCAGCUAUAAUAGAAGCCCAACAUCAACUUUUUCACCACUUACAUAAUAAAGGUCUGUCUGUACAGGAACCAGUACGCAACAUUCACGGACAGACAUGGGCAGUAGAAACGGUACCAGACGAAAAGAAUCCAGAUUGUACAUACGGUCCAUACAUUUUCCAUAUGCUAAAUUACAUUGAAGGAGAUGUCGUUUGUAAGAAACCAUACCUACCAACUACUCUAUAUAAUAUUGGUGUUUUUGCUGGGAAAAUGCACAAUGCCCUUCAGGGAUUUGAAAACAAGUACUUCAGGAACAAAUCUAAUGGAUUCGUUUGGAGUCUCACAGAAAUGGCAGGACUGUUGGAAUACACGUUUGCCGUAAAGGAUAAAGAAAAUCUUCAGAUUGUAAAUGAAGUGAUCAAGGCCUUUCAAGAUGAAGUGGUACCUAACUACAAGAAAAUAACAGAAGGGUAUAUUCACGGAGAUAUAAAUGAACAAAAUAUACUUGUGAAAGAAAUUCUAGAAAAUCAGAAGACAGAAAGUGGUGUAAAAUGUCCAUGUGACGUCACUGCAUUUAUUGAUUUUGCCGAUGCGUCAUAUUCAUACAAAGUUUUUGACGUUGCCAUUAUGGUUGCAUAUAUGUCCAUCGAUUGCAAAGAAUUCGACCAGUUAGAUGUUGGUGGUCACGUGCUUACAGGCUAUUUUACCCAAUCAACAUUGAAUGCUGAAGAAAUGGAUGUGAUGAGAAUCUGUAUAUGUUGCAGACUAGUUCAGUCGUUAGUUAUGGGAGCAUACAGUUAUCAUAUGGACCCAAGUAACUCUUAUGUUCUUCAGACAGCAAAACGAGGCUGGCCUUUACUCUCUAAAUUCUGGAAAACUUCAAAAAAUGAUCUUCUAAAAAGAUGGGAUGAAGUAAUUAAUGAUUAUAAAAAUGUAUGCAAAUAAAUUGAUAUUUCCUUUUCAA